CAAAGAAGAGAGGUAAACUCUGAUUGUGUCCCGUGAACGGAGGAAGAGGAGCUGAGCGAGAGAGAGAGAGAGAGAGAGAGAGAGAAGAACGCCAGGUCUCGAAGGGAAAGAGAUCACGAUGAGACGGAACCUGGCCCGACCCACUCGCUCCAUCUAUCUCGCUCUGGCAUGUUUGUCCCUCACUCUCCAUCUCCUUCUGGCAUUCUUUUGUCUCUCCGUCCUCCAGACAGCCUGCGUCCUUCCCAGCUCUUCUUCAUCCUCCUCUUCAUUCAAUCCAAGAACUGACACACGGCAGCAUCAGUCUGUCUCCUCAUCCUCCUCCUCCUCCUCCUCAUCCUCCUCGAAUAAACUGCCAACGACCUCCCGGUAUGACGAGGGGCACAAACUGAACAACACUUCAGAGCAGAAAGGGACAGACUCAGUCGCUGAGAGGGAUAAGAAACUGAUUGGAGCAGGGAAAUUGAUUCCCAAGGUGAAGGGUCAUUCUGCACUAGAGGCCCUGUUCAAUCACCCGCUGUACAACCUGCCGCGACCAGAGCCGCAACAAGAUGAUUGGCUACUGAGGGUGAAGACAACAGAGGAUGCAGGGGGCGUAGGAAGUGAGGAAGAAGAGCAGGAAGAUGACAUCAACAGUGACAGUCAGUGGCAGAGUGCCAGUCAGGAGGAAGGCUUCGACAGAGUCUCUUGGACCAGCGACGCAGAGACUCACCCUCCCUGGCUUCGGUUUCACCUGGGCAUCUCUCGCUGGGAGCUGUACAACAGGAAGGAUCCCAACCUGGCCCAAGUGACUCACUAUUUGGCAACGCAACGUAUCCUCGGCGCUGUUCAGAAGACAGGAGGCACCCAGCUCAAACUGCUCAUAUCGUUCCCAAACUACGGACAAGCUCUGCUCAAACCGAUGAAACAGUCCAGAGACACAGAGACGGACGUGAACCUCUUCUACUUCUCAGACUUUGAGAGACACAACGCAGAGAUCGCUGCCUUCCACCUUGACAGGUUGCUGGGCUUCAACCGGAUCCCUCCAGUGGUCGGUCGACUCAUCAAUGUGACCACGGAGAUCAGAGAGAUAACCACCGACCGCAAGCUGUCCAGGACCUUCUUCUCUUCCCCAGUCGGGAACGUGUGUUUCUAUGGUCAGUGCGAGUACUACUGCUCCACAGAGACCCCGGUGUGCGGUCGGCCUCACGCACUGGAGGUGUCUCUGGCUGCGAUGCUGCCCGACCUCGACCUCGCCCCCCGCAGGUCCUGGAGGUCGCCAUGGAGACGAUCGUACAGCCGCACCAAGCUGGCACAGUGGGAGAAGGACCUGAACUACUGUGACAAAGUCAAAAAGACGCCGCCUUACAACCACGGCACCAGACUGGUGGACGUCAUAGACAUGGCUGUGCUGGACUUCCUCAUGGGCAACAUGGAUAGACAUCACUACGAGACUUUUGAGAAGUUCGGCAAUGAGACUUUUGUGCUGCAUCUGGAUAAUGGGCGGGCGUUUGGGCGUCACUCCCGGGAUGAGUCGUCUAUUCUUGCUCCGUUGCGACAGUGCUGCAGGAUACGUCGCUCCACCCUCCUCCGCUUGCGUCUCUUGUGCCUUCCCGCCUUCCGUCUGAGUGACGUCCUGCGGGAGUCGCUGGCUCAGGACCCCCUGGCCGGGGGGGCCCCACUCCUGUCCGAGCCGCACCUUUCUGCUUUGGACCGCCGCCUCGCAACCGUCCUGCAGGUGGUGCAGACCUGUCAGGAUCAGCACAGCGAUGUCCUUUACAACGACUUGGAAGGAUAUGAUGGAGAAUAGGAUCAACAGCCUGACUGAGGAAAAAGAACAACAAUAAAUUAUAUAUAUAUGCA